AUGUUUCAAAUUGACAUUUUCAAGGAUGACUUUGAGAACGUGCUGCGCCAAUUUCAUUACAGUAACCAUCAGAAUACAAACGCGAAAAUCAGUACCAAAGAAUCUCUAAAGAUUCUUGUAUCGCAAUUCAACGAUCUGUUGCUAUCCUCAGACGAUGACAAAUCCGACGCUGUUGGUAUAUCAUCAUUUACUGAUAAUACAGCAUCAAAAGCACAAAUAUUGCAUUUAUUUCUGUUUAAAGCGUGGGGAGGACGACAACAACAGGAGGGACAAUCUUGUGUUGAUUUAACAAAAAUCAAGGAAAAAGAAUCCUCAAUUUACUUGGACACGAAUUUAUACCUGCAACUUGUCGAAUCGUUAAAUUUACAGGGAUAUCUUCCAGCCAUAUCGAUAUCCAAAUACCUAAUCCAACACCGUCCCGAAUCAAUAACAUAUUUACACCACUCAAUACUAUUGAUUUCGAAUGCAAUUUCGAAGGAUCAACGAAUUUCGGUGCUUGGUUAUCUUGGCGAGUCAUGGAGUAAAUGGUAUUAUGUGGUCCCAGUUAAUCAUCGUACGGAAAUAAUAAGAAACACAGCACGAUACAUUGAAGAUCAAUUAGAACAAUUUUCAUCAUCUCAUAUAUUAUUAAACGAGAAAAAAGAAAACCAGCAACAGCAUUCAAAGACUCUCGAAAAUGUAUACGUCAAUAAAAUGAUGUCUUCACCUUUGUAUUUGUUAUCGAAGGACCACUACCAUCAUCAACAGCACAAUACGAUAACAACACGAACUAGUAGAGCAAUUGAUGUUGAUAGUGAGGAUGAAUCAGAAAGUGUUCUGAAUGAUCUAUUACCAAAAGGCGAAUUUUCACAAGAAAAAGACCAUUUAUCAAAUACAAAAAUUAUACUUUUGCUUAUAUCUACUUUCAAUGUUAUUGCAUUCAAAGCUUGGGAUGAAAAUAACAAUAAUGAUGAUCAGUCGAGAUCCUCUUUAUUUGCAAUUAUCAAGAGACUUGUAUUGAAGCUGGAAAAUUGGGAAUUAGCGGGCUUAAUAAAAGAUAAACCUGAAAUCAAAAAACUUCAUGAAUUCAUCGCCAAUAAUAACAAUGUUGGAAUAUCGAAUCUAAAAGAAAAUGACAAUGAUGAUGGGAUUAAUUCUUUGACGAUGUCUAAAUCCGCAAGAAAAGAAAAGAUCAAAAAGAGAUACGAACAAAUAAAAUCCCCAGAACCCACUUACACUCUCAAUUCAAAAAAACAAAAAAACCAACGAUUAACAAAACACGAGCUUGCAUUCAUACAAAUUUUUAAUCACAUCCGCAAACAAGCAUCAGAAGACGAUGAUAAUGAUAAUGGGAUCAGUUCCUCAUUCUCACGAAUACUGCAAAAUUCAUUAGACUACCCUCCAUUACCUAUAACAUCUACAACAAGAGAAUACACCAAAGAAGAGUUAGAAGUAUGUCGUAAUUGGAUAAUUCAGUGUAUUCGUCUUCGGUGGCCGGGAUACGUUUCGUUUUUCGAGCUUUUGAUUCAAUUUGUUGAUUUGUUUGCAGGGAAAAAAGAAUUCACCACUAUUAUCGAAUUCAAAGAUCUGAUCAUACACCACGGACUACAACUUGAACUGUAUAAAAGCAUCAAGAAACUGGCAAGAAUCUAUACCACAAAUUCUGCAAUGUUGGAAUUGAAUAUAAUGACGGAUUCCGUUACGUUAUUCAUAACGGUAUUAUCGUCGUUGUCUGUCCACACGAGACUUGUAUUUCGAGACCUUGUGUUUAAUGAUAGACCGUUAAAUCUUGAAAUAACCGCGCCAACAUUCAAUUCGUGGCCUAUCUGGCCUUUCGAAUUCACCAAGCGGCUCACAAGUGUGUGUAAUCAGAUUGUUUCGGCUAUAGUGAAUGUUCAUCGAUCUUCAAGUGGUGAUAUCGGUAAUGGUAAUAUGGAAGAAGAACGAGAUCUAUCAAAUAUAACUAAAAGCAUACAAUCGGGUAUUAUUGAUUCGUUAAUCGAGGAAGGUGGUUUUCGUAGUGGCGGUGCUAUUAGUCUUUUAAACCAAUUCCGAGAACAAGAGCAAAAGAAUUAUUUAGAAUUUGUUUAUUAUGGAGUGUUAUUAACGGAUAACAGUGACAAUAAGACUUCAAUUAAAUUGGAACCAACAGGAAUUGGUGAGCCAGAUAAAAAACUAAUUGAUAUUCGAGAAUACCUCGUCGACUGUGUGAUUCCAUUUCUUAGAUCACCAUCGACAUUACCACUACAAGAAGGCGAAACAGUUGAUCCUCUUCAUCGUCAUCAUAACAUUACGCUCGACUUGUCAAUUGCCAUUCUUCAGAAAUGGUUUCAUUCAUCAGUGAUUUCUUCAUCCCCACAAAUAUCACCCAAACCUUCUUGGUUCCUACACGAAAGACCAUUCUGCCUACUCUCGAAACUGGUAUUGCUUCUAAAUCUGAGACGAUACCGCGCGAAAUAUGGGUUGACAAUUAAACAGAUCGAUGAGUUUUAUGAUGUUGUCAAGAGUGUGGCGGGUGUGAUUAUGGGAUUUGGGAUUCGUGAUAAUGACGAAAUUAUUCAAAUGAAUAUGGAGGACGUGCAUCGAUUUUAUAAAGAAUACAAGGAAUUGGAUUGGACAGUCAAACUCUUGCUACACCCAUUCAUGCAAUUCUGCAUCGACAUCUUCGGGUUCGGACUCGAUCUCGGCAAUAAAAAUAACACUGCAUCAUUAUCGGCAACAUCUAUGGUUAAGCGAAUAAAACAAGUGAUAAUGUUCCUAGAAGCCUGUCGUGUUUCUGAUGAGUGGUUGAGUGUGUUUUGCUCGUCACUCAACAAAUCACCUCACAUACCACGCACAGAGCUACGCGAUCUAUUUCUCAGAAUUGGACCAUACGCAUUCUGUACGGUCCUUUCGACUAGUGUUGAAGAGGAAUCGCAACGAAUAUUAACUACUUUUUUGAAGGAGUUGAUCUCGUGUGGGAUGAUAUCUGUCAAUGAGUUGUUGGGUUUGCGGGUAGUUGAGAGCACUGGUAGUGAUCAGUCGUUGGCUUUUUUCGAAUCGAAAGUCGUCGAUUCUCUUGAUAUGGCUGAGCGUAUUCAACUGGCUUGCCUGCGAUUUACAACACUCAAUGUUUUGUCGUGUCUAAGUAAGCUCUGUAGUACCGAAUCAUCCCAAAACUCACCAUUACAAGAACGUGGAAUCAGUGAUGUUUGGAUACUACAAAAUAUCGUAAAAGCGAUAAAGACACUUGUUCCCACAACAUCCGGUCUAAACUACCUGGUCCUAGCAUUCACAUCAAUCGUCUACGGCCUCGAAAAUCUGGUGAAUGCGUCGUUACCGAAAUCCGAGGAAAUUUUGUAUAUUUGUUUGUUUGGUGUUGUGGAGAUGGUGGCCGAAAAGCUGCAGCAAGAAAAACAAGAACAAGCACUUGUUAAAGAAGAACGUGCAGUUUCCACGGAAAAAGAGCUUGUCAAACAACAGCAGGAGGACAUUGAAAAGAAAGAUGAAUCUCGAUCUCAAGAGUAA